AUGGAACGUCACCAAAAUGGUAUGGAUGUGUGGGUAGGACAAGGUCGAGUAAACCAGUUAGGGGGAUUAUUCAUCAAUGGUCGUCCUCUUCCCAACCACAUCAGACUAAAGAUAGUAGAGAUGGCUGCAGCGGGUGUGCGGCCUUGCGUCAUCUCACGCCAACUGCGCGUCUCGCACGGCUGCGUUUCCAAGAUCCUCAAUAGAUACCAGGAAACGGGAUCUAUAAGGCCGGGCGUUAUCGGCGGGUCGAAGCCAAGAGUUGCUACUCCUGAAGUUGAGGCGAGAAUAGAAGAGCUAAAGAGGCAAAAUCCAGGAAUAUUUUCGUGGGAAAUACGUGAAAAGCUAAUAAAGGAAGGUGUAUCUGACCCACCCAGUAUAUCUUCGAUCUCGCGGUUGCUACGCGGUGGCGCUAGAGAUCCUGAUGGCAAGAAAGACUACAGUAUAGACGGCAUACUUGGAGGCCGAGGAUCAGACUCUUCAGAUAUAGAAUCUGAACCAGGCUUGACACUGAAACGGAAGCAACGUAGAUCUCGUACCACGUUCACGGGGGAACAGCUUGACGCGUUAGAAAGAGCCUUUCACAGGACCCAAUAUCCUGACGUAUAUACUAGAGAAGAAUUGGCAUUACAGACAGGUCUUACAGAGGCCAGGAUACAGGUUUGGUUUUCAAAUAGAAGAGCUCGACUAAGAAAAAAUACUGGUUCAAACUCAACUCCACUUUCAAGCUAUUCAACGUUACCGAUACCCCAAAUACCUUGUCCUUAUCCUGCAGGGGAAAUUCCUGCUCUAUCCCAACAUCAUCCUCAGCAUCCGGACGCGUGGCAUCACCAAAAAUAUGCAAACUACAAUCAAUUAAUGGCGCAAUCUCAACAUUUAAAUCAAGCCUUCCAAAAUGCUGCUUUUCCUAGUACUUCGAGUGCGACAUUCAGCCACUUAGUUUCUGGUGCUCCUUCCCAUAACCAACUAUUAGAAACAAAUACACCUAGAAACGAAUAUCCACGAUAUGCUAACGACGCCUAUAACAAACCUUAUAUGCCCAAAGAAACUGACACUGAAGAUAAAAUUGUUAGUGACGAAGUAAUAGAUCAGAGAGACGAUGCUUACGUGAAAACAGCAAACGAAUAUAAAGAUUUAUCGACUAGUGAUUAUCCUAAAGUUCCUACUGAUUAUACAAAGCUUCCUGUAGAUCCAUCUUCAUCCAACUGGAGUCCAUCAAAUAGUUCACUUAAUAUGAGCCUAGCCGGACUAUCUAGUGACUAUAAAUAUAUGAGCGAUCCUUAUUCAUUCCCUAAUAUCGCUGCCGACCCUCUCAGUCAGCAUAGCUAUACUAACCCCGGAAAUCCUGCCAAUAAAUACUGGAUU